CCUGUCUGCCUACUGGAGCGGCAAUGGGCAAUUAUCAUUCCGAAUCUUACACUGGCUGACAAUGGCGUUUCAGCAACAAAAUGAACCCGUACCCAUCUCGGGUCAAUCCUCCUUGUCGUUCACCCAGGGUUUCCUUCUUGGACAGCUCUCCGUGGUGCUGUUGAUCGGCGCCUUCAUCAAGUUCUUCAUAUUCGGCGAAGCUCCUCCGCAUCCUUCUCGGGGACUGUCCCAGCGUGCUGCCACCUACCGACGCUCGAAUUCGAUAUACAACGUCAAGGAGAAUGAGACGGGGCCUCGAUCUCUGAGGGAGAAGCCGUCGACCUCAAAUGUCCUCCGUCCCGUUCCGUCAUCGUCGACCAACACCCAAUCCAUCCUCCGCAAAACCUACUACAGCGCGAUUCCACCCAACCAGGCCUUGAAACAUGGCCGACAUCGCAUCCAUCAUUCGUCCCAUCAGCCGGAAUCCUUGGACUGGUUCAAUGUCCUGAUCGCGCAGACAAUUGCCCAGUACCGACAGACGGCGUACCUUCUCAAAGACGACCCCUCCGCUUCCAUCCUGAGCUCUUUGACAGCAGCGUUGAACAAUUCAGAAAAGAAGCCUUCCUUCAUCGACAAGAUCUCGGUCACGGAUAUCUCGAUUGGCGAGGAAUUCCCGAUCUUCAGUAACUGUCGCAUUCUUGCCGUCGACGAUCCCAACUCGGACGGAGGACGGCUCCAGGCGUUGAUGGACGUCGAUCUCAGCGACGACAACCUCUCGAUCUCAGUCGAAACGUCGUUAUUAUUGAACUACCCCAAACCGAACUCCGCUAUUCUCCCCGUUGCACUCUCGGUCUCCGUCGUCCGUUUCUCAGGCACGCUGUGCAUCUCCCUCGUCCCGGCCUCCACCCCGCCCUUCCAUGGGCCCUCUCCGGCCCCGUUUCCGCCGACUGCCGAGUCAGCGGCAGGGUCUUGGUCGCAGGGGCCUAACAACUCAGGUGACCGGCCAGGAAGUUCCGACGGGAGUCCUCCGAAACGCACGCCCAAGAGCAACGUCGCGUUCUCCUUCCUCCCAGAUUAUCGACUUGAUCUCUCAGUACGGUCACUGAUUGGCUCCCGCAGCCGACUCCAGGACGUGCCCAAAGUAGCACAGCUCGUCGAAGCUCGCGUGCACGCCUGGUUCGAGGAGCGAGUGGUCGAGCCCCGGGUGCAAGUAGUCGGGCUGCCCGAUCUCUGGCCGCGGAUGGGCCGCACAGGCGUCCGCACCGGCGAAGACUCCGAAACCGGCUCCAACGCAGCCUCCCGAACGGCGAUGUCCACCGACAUGGGCGAGAAUCACCCGCACGGCGACAUGCUGGACCAGCAGCCGGAGGGACUACGGUUCCGGGGCGGACUAGGCGGUCGGCCGCCGUUCGACGCAAUGUCGCGGACCAGCAGCUACAACGCCGAGCCGGGGGAACUGCGCAGUUCCAGCAUGGUCCGAGAACAGAGCGGGGGAGGCUUAAGCGACCAAUUCCACGUUCCGGGUUCUCUGCCCGGGGGGACACCAGGUGUGUGA